AAUAACGAGUCCCUGCCUACACCCACUAUAAGUUUACUUAUUCCGCUGCAACUCUCGACCUUUCUAGAGAGAACUGUAACAACUGUAUGAAUGUGAAAUACAAGAGAAAGAGCAGGUGGAAUUAGGGGAGCAUAUAUUGAACAGCAAAAGAGAAAAUCCACCAGGCAAUCUCUGUGAGCUCAGCUAUUUCAGGUCAAGACACAGUACAAUCUAGCAGUCAACCAUGGCCAAGCAUCAUCCUGAUCUCAUUAUGUGCAGAAAGCAGCCAGGAAUUGCUAUAGGUCGACUUUGUGAGAAAUGUGAUGGUAAAUGUGUAAUUUGUGAUUCUUAUGUGCGACCUUGUACCCUUGUUCGAGUUUGUGAUGAAUGCAACUACGGAUCCUACCAGGGAAGGUGUGUGAUUUGUGGUGGAUUAGGUAUUUCUGAUGCAUAUUACUGCAAGGAAUGCACCCAACAGGAGAAAGAUAGGGAUGGAUGCCCAAAAAUAGUCAAUCUUGGAAGUGCAAAAACAGAUCUAUUUUAUGAACGGAAGAAAUAUGGUUUCAAGAAGAGAUAGUAGCAGGGGUUUUUUUGAGUAUCUAUUCAUUGAUCAUUGCAGUACAUGCUUUAUUUUAAUUAUCUAGCCUGUACACUGGAAUACUUGUAUUUUUUCUUUAAAAAGAGUUGUACAUGGAGGUACACUAAAUGAACUUGUUGGCGAUAUGGUGUAAUCAUCCAAAGCUUAUUUAGUUUUGAGAAUGGUGUCUUACUAUGUGUUGAAACUUGAAAUGCUUUUUCUCAUAUUUCCAGAUAGGAUUUGUAUUUGUUGUAUGAAAUUACACGUUCUUAUG